CGGCGUGCUCCUGGGACGGGCGUAGAACGGGUAUCCACCGAAGCUAUAAAAGACCGGCCGUUCUGAGCAAGCGCUCAGUCAAGCCGAGAUCGUUCGAGGGAGUUCCAUCGCCAACUCCGUUCAAACGGCCGUCAGGAACGUAUCACGAGCAAGCAGAUCUCACUACGAGUCUCCGUUUCGUCAUUCGUCAAGAUGCGUGAAUGCAUAUCCGUCCACGUAGGACAGGCGGGAGUACAAAUUGGAAAUGCCUGCUGGGAGCUGUACUGUUUGGAGCAUGGUAUCCAACCCGAUGGGCAAAUGCCGUCUGACAAGAUACUUGGGGGCAAUGAUGACAGUUUCAAUACCUUCUUCAGCGAAACCGGUGCCGGGAAACAUGUGCCGAGAGCGGUCUUUGUCGAUCUUGAACCGACCGUCGUAGAUGAAGUACGUACGGGUACGUACCGGCAACUCUUCCACCCGGAGCAAUUGAUAACCGGCAAAGAGGACGCCGCCAACAAUUAUGCUCGCGGCCACUAUACGAUCGGCAAAGAGAUAGUCGAUCUCGUUUUGGAUCGCGUUCGCAAGCUGGCGGAUCAAUGCACGGGACUCCAGGGUUUCUUGAUCUUCCAUUCGUUCGGCGGCGGCACCGGGUCCGGUUUCACGUCCCUGCUGAUGGAACGACUGUCGGUGGACUAUGGGAAGAAGUCGAAACUCGAGUUUGCGAUUUAUCCGGCGCCCCAGGUCUCGACGGCCGUUGUCGAGCCGUACAACUCGAUCCUGACAACGCACACCACCCUCGAGCACUCCGACUGCGCGUUCAUGGUGGAUAACGAGGCCAUAUACGACAUUUGCAGACGUAAUUUGGACAUUGAACGCCCGACUUAUACAAAUCUGAAUCGCCUGAUCGGCCAGAUUGUGUCCUCGAUCACGGCCUCGCUGCGUUUCGACGGCGCGCUCAACGUCGAUCUGACGGAAUUCCAAACAAAUUUGGUACCCUAUCCCAGGAUUCACUUCCCCCUUGUCACCUAUGCUCCCGUCAUAUCAGCGGAAAAGGCCUAUCACGAGCAGCUCUCCGUCGCCGAGAUAACAAACGCCUGCUUCGAGCCCGCGAAUCAGAUGGUCAAGUGCGAUCCUCGUCAUGGAAAAUACAUGGCGUGCUGCAUGUUGUAUAGAGGCGAUGUAGUGCCGAAGGACGUUAACGCGGCAAUUGCGACUAUCAAGACCAAGCGCAGCAUUCAAUUCGUUGAUUGGUGCCCUACCGGUUUCAAGGUCGGCAUCAAUUAUCAGCCGCCUACCGUCGUUCCCGGCGGUGAUCUCGCCAAGGUGCAGCGUGCAGUCUGCAUGUUAUCCAACACGACGGCGAUUGCAGAGGCUUGGGCGCGGCUCGAUCACAAAUUCGAUCUGAUGUACGCCAAGAGAGCCUUCGUGCAUUGGUACGUAGGCGAGGGGAUGGAGGAGGGCGAGUUUUCAGAGGCGCGAGAGGAUCUCGCCGCCUUGGAGAAGGACUACGAGGAAGUCGGCAUGGACUCCGUCGAUGGCGAGGGAGACGGUGCUGAGGAAUACUAACCAUCAAGAUUCCUACUUCUGUCUCUUCGUAUUUCGUGUAUUUAUACUACGACGCUUGCCACUUAUUGCUUAAGCGAUUUUUUUGUUCUUUACCUGAUUUUAUAACGCAAUCUGAAGCGACCUAUUGCGAAUUUUUUUUUCUUUAUCUGAUUUUAUAAUGCAAUCCGAAGCGACCUAUCGCGAUGUAAACUUUUCCCAUUGCUUCCUAUCCGAUCCCCUCCCCCCCUCUCCCCGAUUUGAUCCUUACACAUAUGGAAUCUUCGACGAGAGAAGCGUAUUCGCUUUUUUACAAUUGUCACUUGGUAUCGUUUUGAAGAAAUAACUACUGAGAAAUAUAAGCACAUCUAAAAAUA